AUGUUUUUGUUCUCAGGAGAAAAAUGCAGUUUGAAGCUUACAAUUGACACUAAAACCAAUAGAGUUGUCUUUGCUGAAGGUGGAAAAGACUUGUUUUGUUUUCUUAUGAGCUUACUUGAACUUCCAAUUGCAAUUUUUAUGAACCACAUUCAAACCAAUAGAGUUGGCUCUAUCCCAAAUAUAUACCAAAGUGUUCAAAAUCUAAAUGAUGCCUAUAUUCAAUCCAAUGAAACAAAGGAUCAACUCCUCAGGUCAAGUGAAUCAAAAUCUUGGUCUCAAGCUUUGGAGUUAGUUCAAGGUGAAUCAAAAUCUUGGCCUCAAGCUUGGGAGUUAGUUCAAGCUACUCCAAACAGGUUUUUGGAUAGUGAUGGUGGUUAUGUCAAAGGACUAAUAGUGUACAUGGUAACUGAUAAUUUGUCAGUAACCCUUCUGUCUAUGAUAUCUGGCUUGUCAAAGCUGACUAAUGUAGAAUCAACUGCUGAGUUUGAAGUGAAGACAAUUGAGUUUGGUGUGAAUGAGGCUCUAGAUAUUUUAGAAGCAUCCUUUCAAUCGAAGACAGUGCUAAACAAGACAUUUCUUAAAGGGCAUGAGUUUGACGAUCUCGCGUUUAUUUGA